AUGGGCGAGUUCCUUCUGCAGCCGGCGGUGACGACCUGCACGGGUGACCUGGCGCGCGAGGUGCUGACGUCAGAGGGCGACAAGACCACGGUCGGCUGGCCAGCCCACUUUGACGAGCUGUUCGGCAAGGAAGCGAUGAUCCUGCAGAAGGGCGAGGGGCACAGGGCGCUUCGCGCGCUGAUGCAGCCGGCGUUCACAGCGGAGGCCGUCGGCGGCUUCGUCCCGCGCAUAUCCGAGAUUGCAGGCAGUUACCUUUCGUCGUGGGCGGGGCAGGGCGGGCCCGUCAAAGGCUACGACAGCCUGAAGCAGAUGGCGUUCGACGUAAUCCUGCAGGUCGUGCUCGGCAAGCGGUGCGCCCCAGACGAGGCGCGGGAGAUGUUGCGCCUGUUCACCAUUUGGACCCAGGGCCUCUUCACAGUGCUGCCCUACGACCUGCCAUUCCUGGCUUACGGCAAGGCCACACGCGCAAGACAGGCUUUGGGAGUCUAUACGAGGGCGGCCAUCAAGGCCGCGCGCGAGGCGGCGGAAGCUGGGGAGCCGCCGGGCGGCAUGCUGGCCACCAUGCUUGCGAAAGACGCCGACGGAAACGGGCUGUCUGACCAGCAGUGUGAAGACAACAUCAUCGGGCUCCUGUUUGCCGGCCACGACACGAGCACCACCACCCUGUCCCUCAUCCUGUGGCGGCUGGCGAAUAACCCGGGGGCGUGGCAAGCGCUGAGGCGGGAGCAGGAGGCGCUCGCCGCGGCCGAGGCGGCGGCCGGCCGCGGGCUGGACGGGCAGUCGCUGAAGGGGAUGGUGUACACGGAGGCGGUCAUCAGGGAGGCAAUGCGCUGCAACAACGUCGUCGGCGGCAUGCCCCGCCUGGCGGCGCGCGACUUCGAGCUAGGGGGACACCGGGUGGAGGAGGGGCAGACGCUGCUGGUGCCCCUGACUUAUCUGACAAAACACGACCCCCGCUGGGGGGGCGAUGAUGAGUUCAGGCCCGAGCGGUGGCUGGAGGGCGGGAAGGACGCGGCGCAGUCGUGGAUCAUGCCGUUCGGGGCGGGAAACAGGUACUGCAUCGGCGCCCCCCUGGCGAUGGCGGAGGCAAAGGUGUUUUUGGCCCUGCUGGCCCGCGGGUACGACUUCCGGGUCGCAAACGCGGCUAAUGUGGCUUGGACGACAACCCCGCCGAUGGCCGUGCCCAAGUGCGGCCUGCCGCUGACUGUGGUGGCGAGGAGCUAG